UUUUUCUAAUGAAAUGUUCAUGGCUUUCAGAGAAUUACACAAUAUUAAACAAGACUACACUUUAAAAAGAUUAAUAUGAAUAACAUUAAUCAUUUAACCAUUUUGUUAUAUGUAGUUUGUUUGCUCUGACUUUUUCUAUGCAACAGUAAUCACACCAAAACACAACAUAAAUUCACAAAAGAUGUUAAUUUUAUUCAUUUGCAGUAAUCCACAUCUUUAAAAAUCAUACGAUUGUGAGGAACAGAUCCAAAUUCAGUCCUUUAUCCAGCGAUCUUGAUCCCAGUUCCCAUCAGUGACUGUAAACGUCAAAUCUCAUGUUUGUUAUGAAUUUGAAUGUAAAUAUUGCACCUCAAGAAGCUUAACAACACAUUGCUUUACCGCAGUGAUAUCAAAGCUCAUUGGCUCUUAAAUGCUACAUCGAUGUACUUUUGAAAUUUGAAAUGAGAAGCUAGAUUAACGUUCUUGUGUAUUAAUAACUUUAAUAUUUCUCUGUACUUCAUAAACUCCAGAGAGGACAGCAGCUUGUCUUUUUAUUUCUAACAGUCCAUGAUUUAAAUAAACUGUUUUGGGUAGGUUUAGAACUGUAUUAGCAGCUUAAAAUAUCUUUUCAAUCCUAUAUUGAUUCUAAAAUGUUCCUACACAUUUAUUUAUUUUUAUUUUGUAUUUAAAGGGUUUUGAGUUUAGGGUUAGGUUUGGGGUAGGGUUAGGGUUGUAACACAUAGGGAAAUUAUACAGCAAUCUUUAUGAUAUGAAAUAUUUUAUGUUUUUUGUAGCCGUAAAAACUUAAUAAUGCUACAAUUAAAUGUUGCAAAUAUUUCUACAUUGAAUGCUUCAGCAUCAAAAGUUUUGUGUUUUUGAAAGUUAUAUAUUAAUAAUACGUAUUAACAGUGAGACCAGACUGAAAAAAACAGAUCCAAGUAAAACUGCUCCAGAAAUGUAAUAAACAGAUCCAUCUUGACUGUUUGGCAGGACCUUAAGGCAGAAGUCAGAGUUGAUACAGUAGUACACACGAGGAUCAAAGGUCAUCACUAAGACUUCACAGCAGGUCGUGCAUCAGAACAAUGGUGGUAAAAGUCCAAUUAGCUCUGUGUUGAGUGUUGCAGAUGCGGUACUGGAGCGUUAGAUCAAUUAUUGCCACGGUCAAUAAUGUUGGGUGAUGUGUAUGUAAUUAACAAAUACUUGAGUUUAAUACAGAGUAAGUUUGUGGGUCAGGGGUUGUGAGUGAGUGAAAUGGAUGAGGUGUUGAAAAACUGAAUCGUAGGGUCUCAGAGAUGAUAUAAAGCCAGGACGGCACUGUCCCGACUCAGAAACGUUCAGAUCUCUUCGGAAGACACUUCUGGACCGGGUUUUCUAUGUGUAGCAGUAUUAUGAAUGCGUCUAACUUAUCACAGUCCUGUACUAUGGCCCUGCCGUGUACUACAGACAAUGAGCGGUCAUGUGCCAAAGCCCCUGAAAUCGCCAGUGUCCGAGUUCAGCUGGAAAUGCAGAACUUGUGGCAGCAAUUUGACCAACUGGGCACCGAAAUGAUCGUGACAAAGGCUGGAAGAAGGAUGUUUCCUACAUUUCAAGUCCACAUCUCAGGCAUGGACCCAGCAGCAGAAUAUGUUCUCCUAAUGGACUUUAUUCCUGUGGAUGACAAACGAUACAGGUAUGCUUUCCACAGCUCCUCCUGGUUGGUAGCUGGACGUGGAGAUGUAGCGGCACCUGGUCGAGUCCACUUUCACCCGGACUCACCGGCACGGGGAGCACAGUGGGUGAAGCAGACCGUCUCAUUCGACCGCCUUAAACUCACCAACAACUUGUUGGAUGAUAAUGGCCACAUGAUCCUGAACUCCAUGCACCGGUACCAGCCACGGCUCCACGUGGUCUUGGUUGACAAGAGCCGAAACAGCCAGCAAUCCGCUCACCGCAACUUCUGCACGUUCACCUUUCCAGAAACCCGCUUCAUCGCAGUCACUGCCUACCAGAACCACAGGAUUACCCAGCUGAAGAUAGCCUGCAAUCCUUUUGCGAAAGGCUUUCGUACAGCAGAGCCUGAAAGCAGGUCCACUAAUAACUCCAGACUUGACUCUGCUCAGCUGUCUUUGCCGUGGAACCUGCGUGAGGAAGCCACCAUUAGAGGCGCUGCUUGUGAUGAUCAGAUGAUACGAGAUGAACAACAUCUUAAUCGUUAUUCAAAUCUUCAUGAUCCAGGCCUACAGACAGCAUUUCCUGAAUCACAGCUGUCAUAUGAUGAGGGGAUGAACUGCAGUGCAGACAGGAAGGAUAGAGAAUCACAUGAUUAUUUCUACACUGGCCCUAUGUUCUUCACAUUGCCCUGUCAGUGGGACAGUUUGAGCAGAUCUGAGAGAAGUCUGACUGGCUAACAGAAAAACUUUUGUUCACUUACAGGAAAACACCACCGUAUUUCUAUAUUUUACUUUGUUUUACCUCUGCUUAAUACAUACCUAUUUUUUUUCAAUGCGUGCUCUUUUAAUCUGCAGGGCCUCGUGAAUGUGUUAGCAUUUAGCCUAGCCCCAUUCAUUCCUAUGGCUCCAAACAGGGGAUGAAUUUAGAAGCCACCAAACAUUUCUGUAUUUUCCCUAUUUAAAGACUGUUACAUGAGUAGUUACACGAGUAAGUAUGGUGGCACAAAAGAAAACUUUUGUUUGGAGCCAUAGGAAUGAAUGGGGCUAGGCUAAAUGCUAACACAUUUAUGAAGCGCUGUACAAAGAUUAAAAGUGCACGCAUUUAAAAAAGAUAGGUAUGUAUUAAUUCAUCUAAGUUGAGGUAAGAACAUAGUAAAAUAUUGAAAAACUGUGUGUUUUCCUUUAAAGUACAUUUAGGGUGUUUUCAGACCUGUAGAUCGGGUUCGGGGUUCUGAAACCGGGGGGUAAAUGGCUUCUCACACUUUGCUCUUCACACCGCUUCAUUGGUUAGUGUUCGAAUUUAUGUCAAAGAUUAUGGGGGUUCCCUAUCUAAGCACCAACGCCUGCUAUCCCCCCCUCCCGGCCAAGUCCCCUAUACUUUGAGGAUUGCCGUGAUUUCAAAAAGUAGGAUGGGAUCCUGGUUCAACUUUUUUGUUUGUCCUGGAUCAACGUUUUAAUCAAAGACACCCUUAAUAACCCUUAACUACAUUUACAUUUAGUCAUUUAGCAGAUGCUGUUGUAGAAUUUAAUUUAAAAUUCAUGAAGUAUUUUGAUUUGAAUAAACUGCCCUAAUUUAUAUUUUUGUGCUUUAUAAGGGGGUCCCUCAAUACUUAUAGAAGGUCUAGGACCACCCUAGCCCCCCUAGAACACUGCAAUCGAGUUCACAGAUGCCUAAACAAACCGAACCAAGGGAAAAACGCACCAGGUUCCGAAACAAAGGCUCAGGUCUGAAAAAACCCUUACAUUGUAGUUGUUUUGCUUACGCAGACAAACACUAACUUCAAAUGAAUGGAUUUGUUGAAUGGGUUUAUUGGUGUUUGCUAAAUCAAUGUGAAUUAGCCUUUUCAUGUGGAACCCUAUAUUUAAUAUUCAAGUAUAUUUCUAAAGUGCUUUUCACCAUUUUGCAUUGUUGCAAAGCAGCUUUAACAGAAACUACAUUGUAGAACAAACAAAAAAGACGUAAGAAUAAACAGCAUAGAAAUGAGGGAAAAGAAAGGGUAAAAUACACAGAUAAUAUUGCAAAUGUUUUGUUUCAUUUUUUGGCUGUUUGAAAUAAAGACCUAUCUUUUCUGAGCACUUUUACAAGAUGUCAAACGGGACUGUUUUAUAUAAUAAGAUUGUGCUUAUGAUGAUAAUAAUGUACCUGAUAUCAUUAUGAUGUAUUUCUUAAAAUUGUUUUACUUAAAAAAUUAUUAUUUUUCUUUAGACACUGAGUACCAUAGGCAUGCAUUGCAGUCUUUAGUAAUAAAUCUCAUAGUGUAUGUAAUAUGUAUAAGCAUCUGACACAUCAUUAA